AUGUCUGACGUAUACCGCAAGACGGGGCGCGGAGGAAGCGGAAACUUUUACUCGAAAAAGGACGUCGAAGACGUUGAGAAGGCCAACCCAGAGGACCUCGAGGCCCAGAAGACCACCAAUGCGACGGCGGCGGCGGCGGCCACCGGCCCGAGGUCCCCGACGGCCGGCGGUUACGCGCGCGCAGGGCGGGGCGGCGCGGGAAACUUCCACGACCCAUCCUCCCUCCCGGACGCCAAGCAGCAGGAAGAGGCCGCGGGCAAGACGCAGGCGGCCGUGAGCGCCAGCCUCGCGCGGUCGGCGAGGGGCGCCUCCGGGCGGGGCGGGGCGGGGAACUACGGGGAUUCGAGCGUGCCCGGCGGCGGCGAGACUGCCGAGGACGAGGCUGAGCGCAAGCAGGCGCUGGAGAGGAAGAUCAUCGAGGACGUCGAGGCUGGGCUCCCGAUGCCGCCGAGGGCGUAUCAGCACGCCGCCAAGAAGGACGAGGAGAGCGCCUGA